AUGAGUGCUCCUGCGAGCGUGUGGAAAUUCCUCAAACACUUCAUACACCUGUCAGGUCGAUCGAACAACAUGGCAAGUGGCAGCAGUAACGGGGACAGUCAAGUGAUUGAUCGCGUCAACACUGACUUCCUGAAGCCUAUCAAUACAACUAUGCAGAAACCCGAGAUUGAAGAUCUUCCAGGAGAGGUUGCGAUAUUUGGGCGCUUUCUCGAAGACUUUCAGCACAUCAUAGACUCCAGGAGAGUCCACCCACUCAACGAACCUGAUGAAGUGAGGAAAAACAUGGUAUCGCAUCUAAGCUGGUUUCUUCAAUACCUCCGAGACGGUCAAGGGAACCCAGCUCCGUCCCUAGACCAAUUCACCUCGUCAGCGACAUAUUUGUACGAAUUUGUCAGGGGUUUUACCACCGCCAGUCCCGAGGAGAUCGAAAGUUUGCGCCAGACAUACCAAAGUCUGAAGAGAGACGAUAAAGACGAGCCACAGCCUGUGUAUACGCAGCGCAACGUCGUAAGCAGUGGUGCCACAUCUCAUCAAUUUAUCGGGAAACGCCAAACCAACAACACGGGCAAUGGUCUUCAGAUACUUGGCAACGUACGCAAUCUGCACGACCGCGGUGCGCGAGAUCAAAUUUAA